AUGGCUAUUAUCUCUGAAACUUCCGACGACGUCUCAAACAAGAAACCGCAAGAAGAAGAGAAUCUUGCUCCGGUUACUCAACACAUCCCAGAAGGACUCGCCGAAAGGAUCCUCUUACGCGUCAAGAGAUGUCAUUACCCGAAGCUAUCUCUCUUCUCCGGUUCCUUUCGUAACGUCGUCGCUUCGCCGAUACUCUACCAAAGCCGGUUGCAACUCGGAAUAAGCGAACCGGUUCUGUACGCUUCGAUCGGUUCCCCUCGCAACAGCUGGUACAUUCUCAACCGUAACGCUCCAAGAAAGAUCUCUUUACGACUGAGCGAAGUUAGAUCACUUCCUCCUAUGAAUCUUGGAUCUGCUGUGGUCACAAUAGGAUACGAGAUGUAUGUGAUCGGUGGAGACGACGGACGAUCUCGAUACACAUCCGAUUUUUUUCUCAUCGAUUGCAGAUUCCAUACGUGUAGCUCGCUCCCGAGCAUGCAGAAGCGUCGCCACCGUCCAGCUGCCGGAGUAUUUGACGGAAAGAUUUAUGUCAUCGGAGGUUGCGAUGGCCCUAUGAGUGGUUAUAAUUGGAUCGAGGUGUUCGAUAGAGAGACUCAGAUAUGGAGUAGUGUGCCAGUGGCUGGUCCAGACCCGUUAUAUACUUGUAACUUUUUGGCAUAUGUGGUGAUCCAAGAGAAGAUAUACAUUAAGGAUCCUCAGACUUAUUUGACUUAUGAACCUAGGCAUGGUUUAUUGCAGGAUCUGGGAAUUGGGAUUCAUCGGAGGUGGCACAAAGAGUGUUGUGUGGUUGAGGAUAUGCUUGGGAAGUUGAUGGUUUUGGGACCUACGAACGUUACGUAUGGUCGUAUAGAUGUUUGGUGCGUUGAGAUCUCGUUAGAAAGGCGUCAAUCGAGUCCUACUCGGGGCAAGACCGUAUCAAUGUGGCGUGUGCUUAAAUCCGUCAAGUCACCUUCCAUUGAUCUUUGUUGCCCUGUUACGUUUUGA